UUCCACACACGCCUCCCCUCCUUUUCUUUCUCUCCCUUGGUCCUUUUCCUCUGGCUUUUUCCAGGCUUCAUGUCAUACCACGGCUAAUUCCUGAAAUUCCUGCCCACCUCUCUCUCUUCAAACAAGCGGCUCAGGGAAGCGGACGAGGCAGCAGAAAACAAAGAAAGAAAGAAAGAAAUAAGCUUACAAAAAGAAACAGAAAACAAACUUACGUUGUCAGAAAAGAGAAGAAAAGGAGAAGAAGUGACAUAGUGCUGUACCUGUCUGCUGCUGACACAGGACUGUGCUGCCACAUCCAGACUGAUCACCUGUGGAUUUCGUAGAGACUGAUCCACUCCUUGCUGCCUCUUCCCUCUCCUUCCACACCCACACCCAAGCCCUAAUCAUCCACCACUUGCUCUUUGGCCCCUUUUCUGUCCUCCCACCACGUCUGCAGAGUGGGCGACGGCUCCCUCCCCCAGGGGCGGGAGUGAGGAGCUGGGAGACGGACUCGACAAACCCCUGGAAAAUGAUGCGGAGGGCGUGUGGGCCCCUGACAUUGAGCAGAGCUUCCAGGAAGCACUGGCCAUCUACCCCCCUUGUGGCCGCAGGAAGAUCAUCCUCUCCGAUGAGGGCAAGAUGUACGGACGAAAUGAGUUGAUUGCACGGUAUAUCAAACUUCGUACGGGGAAGACGAGAACCAGGAAGCAGGUUUCUAGUCACAUCCAGGUUUUAGCCCGACGGAAGGCCCGAGAGAUCCAGGUGAAGCUGAAGGUACGCUACGACCAGGCUGCAAAAGACAAGGCCCUGCAGAGUAUGGCCACCAUGUCCUCAGCUCAGAUCAUCUCACCCACAGCUUUCCAGAGCAAGAUGGCUCUUCAGGGCCUGUCUAGGCCAGCUUAUCCCACUACUGGUGGGUUUUGGCACGGGGCACUUCCGGGACAACCAGGAGGUCAUGAAGACAUUAAGCCCUUCUCCCAGCAGAGUUACACCAUGCAAGCGUCCGGACUGGCCCCCAUAACAGGUUAUGAAAGCACAGCAGGGCUGUCCAUGUCCCCCGGUGCCCCUCCUUGGCAGGGCAGAAGUAUUGCUAGCUCUAAGCUACGAAUGCUGGAGUUCUCUGCCUUCCUGGAGCAGCCUCAGGACCCAGAGACUUUCAACAAGCACCUGUUUGUGCAUAUUGGCCAGUCCAACCCCACAUACAGUGACCCUUAUCUGGAGUCAGUCGACAUCAGGCAGAUCUACGACAAGUUUCCAGAGAAGAAAGGCGGCUUGAAGGAGCUGUUCGAAAAAGGGCAACACAACGCCUUCUUUCUUGUCAAGUUUUGGGCGGAUCUUAGUGUAAACCUGCAGGACGACAGCAGCUUCUUCUACGGCGUUUCCAGCCAGUAUGAGAGUUCUGAGAACAUGAUUAUCACCUCGUCCACCAAAGUCUGCUCCUUUGGCAAGCAGGUGGUGGAGAAAGUGGAGACGGAGUAUGCACGUUUCGAGAAUGGUCGCUAUGUGUUUCGGAUCCAUCGUUCGCCACUAUGUGAAUACAUGAUCAACUUCAUUCACAAGCUUAAACACCUGCCAGAGAAGUACAUGAUGAACAGUGUACUGGAGAACUUCACUAUUCUACAGGUAGUGACAAACAGGGACACACUGGAGACCCUGCUGUGCGUCGCCUACGUCUUUGAAGUGUCCACUAGUGAGCAUGGCGCACAGCAUCAUAUCUACAGGCUAGUGAAAGACUGACGCGGUCACACAGUUGGACCUUACCUGCCAUAGACCCACUGUAGUGCCUCAGUGAGCAACAACACUCAACAAUGGACUACUUCCUCCGUGAGCUUAGAGCUGAAACCUUACAAGUCAGUCAGGAGCCCAGAGAAACACUGGCUUUGUCACAAGCCCAGAAACACAACUACUGCUGAGAGAGAGAGAGAGAGAGAGAGAGAGAGAGAGAGAGAGAGUGGGAGAGGUGGAUUUGAGACCGUGGAAGCUGAAACAGGCUUUGUGUGAUAAGCGGACGAGGAAAGAAACAGAAGAGGUCGACGAUACACUGUGGUCCCUACACCGAAGGAGCCAAACCUAGCCAACAAAACCUGCAUGAGAGCGUUGUCAUUGGUGGUGUUUUCAUCUCAUUUUUAUUAGUGCUUGUUUUUGAAUUAGAUUCUUUUAUUGCACAUGCAUGUGCAGAUGUUUGCAACACAGGAGUUUGGCUGCCUCAGGCUGCCACCUAGUGAAUUAAAUAAGAAUGGUAUUGGGGGGGGAAAAAAAGUAAUUGAAGUAAUUGAGAAUUCCUCCUUUGCACACCCAUAAAAUAUGACUGUUUUUGAUGUCAAUCAUUUGAUAUUUGAGUAAUUAUGUACAGUGCCAUUUCCGUCUCCUCUAAACUCCUCUGAGCUAUGACAAUAAGAGGCUAAAAAAAAAGAUUUAAAAGAGCUAUUGUAGUCACUAGUUUAAUGUUAUUUGUUUAUUUGUGUCUAGUGUUGUCUUACUGUUUUUGGUCAAAAACCUACCUGGCUUUAACAAAAGGCACAUAAUAAUUCUGCUAACUUGAACCAGAUUUGGAUCUGAAGUUGUCUUUGACUGUAACUUGCCCUGAAGUGUCGGAUGAAAAUACAAGUAUUUCUUACGUAACUCCUCUGCUGAGUUUUGAAUUCUCUGAAAACUGCUUUGGUGUUAAACUUAAAAUUAUUCUAUAUUCAUGUUUUUUUUUUAAAAUACAUCAACUUUUUAAAAUGUAUAUCUGCACUUUUCAACAUGGUUUUAUUACAUAUACAUGGUCAGUCGCUGAGGUAUAAGAUAUAAUGUCUAAAAAGACACAAAUCUAUAUUUGGUGUAUGUUGUCAGCAAAUAAAAUAUUUAUCAUGGUGGUGAA